AUGGCAAGAAUUAGCAUCCCCCUUGACGCCUUGACGUCCCGUCUCAAUUUGUCCGAUCGCUUCAGCGGCGUACGAUCUCAGUCUAUAGCAUCGAGAUUCGCAAACAUCAAGCCCAUCUCCGAGUUCCUGGAUCUCAAGAGAUUGUCCAAGCCAAACAACUUUGCCGAAGUCCAAACCAGGGUCAACUACAAUCUCAGCUACUUCUCCUCCAAUUAUGCCGUCGUCUUUGUCAUGCUUUCGGUCUAUUCACUGCUCACCAAUCUCUAUCUCCUUUUCGACAUCAUCCUCGUGGUUGGUGGCAUGUGGGCAAUUGGCAAACUGGGUGGUCAAGAUUUGGAGAUUGGUACAAUCAGAGCAACGACUUCUCAGCUCUACACCGGUUUGGCAUGCGUCGCCGUCCCUAUUGCUUUUAUUGCUUCACCAAUUGCAACAGUUUUGUGGCUCAUUGGAGCUACCGGCGUGACCAUUCUUGAAUGCUUUUUCCGAGGAGGCGGUCUAGGUGGUCGGCCGCGAACUCCAUACGAUGUGCCCCCUUGGGGAAGACCACCAGGGGGACGACCAGGGACGAGGCCCGACAGAGAAUGGGACUUUUCACGAUCCCCUUACUAUGAUCGUGUCGAGGAACUUGACACUGACGAUGACUCGUCACAAGGCGUCGGUUUGGAGCAGAACUACAGCGAAACUAGAUUUGUUUCAGAUGAACUUCAUUUUGACGGUAUAGACUUGGGCGGUCGCCAGGUCCGCCGUCGGCGUUCGGGCGCCGCUUUUAUACAUGAGUUUACCCCUCCCUCAGAUGACGACGAAAACAACCACGAUGCCCGUACCGGCCUGGCUCUACGAAACCCGGUGCAAGUGGCCUACAAGGAGAAAGAAGAUUUGCUGGUGGAAAGAGCUUUGGAGAGAAUAGCACGUGCCCGGGCUCUGGGUAAGCCCAACGUCAAUUUGACUCGAGCUGAAAUUGAUGCCUUGGAACGAUUAGAGCGGAACGAGGCCCCUCCAUAUCCCUCGAUCGCUCCCAAACAGGCUGCGCCCAAGAGCAAAAAGGAGGCCCCUGUCAAACGCAAGCCUGUCGCGGCCGAAGUUCGCAAAAAGCCCAGCAGAAGCAAUAGCAAGUCUGCAAGCAACUCACCACGCAGGAAAGCCAUUUCUGACGGCCGCGACCGUGGUCGAAGCACUGCCUCUAGUCAGUCUCGCUCAGAUAGAGAAGAUUCUCUGAACACCCCACGCUCUCACGCUCUCCCUGAUUCAGAGUAUGGCCAUGUCGGACGCCGAGUACACUACGCUCAAGGCUACUAUGUAACGGGUCCACGACAGGCUGAAUCCUCCCGACAAGGGUCGCGAACAAAUUCGAACCAAUCCUUGCGGCAGCAGCCUCUCCAGAUGCCUAACCCAGCACAAUACCAGCAUCCAUAUUACGCCCCCCGCAUCGCCUCCAACCCUGACGUUUAUUCUCAAUGGCCUGGCUCGUCUUCGUCCCGCACUUCUCGACCCGAUCCCUCCGAUUCAGACUGGGAGCCUCGCGUGCGCUCUAAUUCUGGCCUGGUAAAUGUGCCCCUCGAGCACCUCCCGUACCAAACCAGUACUGCACGGGCACCACGUUUCGAUCCCUCUGAUCCUCGCUUCGGGUCUCCCCAACGAAGGGUUGCGUCCGGACCCCCUUUGACGCAUCAACAGUCACCAGUCGGCUAUCGACGAGUUCAAGAUGAACUCUUCUUACCAGAACCUGAAGAGCCAGAGGUCAUGCGCUAUCGGGUACCGUCCGAUUCGGAACCCGAAGACGACGAUGACAGUGAUUACGACGAAGGCGUACAGGUCAAUUCCUCGGAACGUCGAGGGGGCGAGUAUGCAAUCCAGACUCGGAGUGCCACUGCGUCCGCUACCAACCCCAAAGCCAAAAGUGGAGGUGCCAGGACGGCAGCUGGAAAGCGUCGGAAUGUCAGAUAA